UCUAUUAUUGAAUUUUUUAAACUAAUUUUUUGAAUUCACUUAAAAUCUAUACCUAAAUUAACUUUUGACUUAAAACUAAAUAUAUUUUCAUUUUGAUAUUAAUACUUUAACUUUAUUUUAAAUGUAAAAUUUAAAGUCUUAACUUGAAUUAAACAAUAACAUUCCAAAAUGUAAAUAAAAAAUCAUUGCGAGCAUAGCUUAAAAUGUGAAGAUACUAAAAUUGUACUAAAAUUAAACUUUCAAAUUUGCCGCCGCUAAAAAUUAUCGGCCAUCUUUUAAUAUAACAAAAAAAAAUGUACUAAAACUAAGAAAACAAGAAAGAAGAAAAUAAAAGAAGGAUCGGGGCAUUCAAGCACUGACCACCUUAACGAGAAGUUGAACUUCGUUUUGUUUUUUUUGGAAUCCGCUCCACCGUCGUCGUCGCUCUUUAGUUAUUGGUGGAAUUAUCCGAAGACUUUUUAUUUUUUUAAAGUAAGUAAAAAAAAAAAAAAAAAAAGAAUUGAUUUAUCUGCUAAGAUUUUCUAAUCCGAUCAUUCUUGAUUAAGAUCGUAGCAGAGCGAGCGAAAAAAGCUUUGCUCGUACAUUUUUGGCGACCGUGACAGGACGAAGCCUGUAAUUUUCAUUUAAACACAAGUGUUCGGUGCUUUUACCUGUAUAUACAAAAUAUAGCGUUACGAAGAUUUCGGUAUAAGACAUUUAAGUGUGCGGUAAUUUAUAAAAAAAAAAAAAACCAAAACGGUGUCGGUAUCGGUAACGGGAGUGUGCGAUAAAAAAAAAAAUUAUAUCAAAAGAAAAACAAACGGUGGUUCUAACGGUUGUGUGCUGAUAGACAAAAAAGAACAAAAAAAAGAAGUGUGAAACAUACUGUCCUAUGCAACGGAACGUUUUGGAAACGCCAAGUGCUAGUGAGUGUGGCAGCAGUACCUACAUCAAAUUGAAGAAAAAAUAUCAUCACACACAAUUGCAGUUCGCAGACAAAAAACAACUUUGGGAUAUGGAAUGAGGGCUCCGCAUUUUGGUGGGAUCUGGGAGGCUGCUGUAAAGGUGGCUAAAGGCCAUCUCUACCGGUCUCUUCAAAAUACUAAAUUAUCGUUUGAAGAACUCGCUACAGCGCUAUGUGAAAUUGAAGCUGUGAUGAACUCUCGGCCCAUCACUCCACUCACUAAUGACCCUAACGAUUUUGAAGCUUUAACACCAGGGCACCUCUUGAUUGGUACGUCGAUGAGAGCGAUUCCAGAACCUUCAGAUGCUAACACAAACCCUGACAUUCUACCUUAUUGGCGUCGCAUCAACAAUGUCAAAUCACACUUCUGGCAACGCUGGCAAAAAGAGUAUCUACAAGAACUUCAACAACGAUCAAAGUGGGCUUCAAAAUCACCGAAUAUUGCUGUUGGCUCUAUGGUUGUUGUACACGAAGAUAAUUUACCACCUAUGAGAUGGUCACUAGGAAGAAUCCAAAAAACUUUCCCUGGUGAAGACGGGAACGUUAGAGUUGCUGAAAUUCGUACUGCAAAAGGCACCAUUAAACGUCCCAUCCACAAACUUGCCCUACUGCCUUGUUGAAAGAGGGUACUUUCAAAAGGGGCGGAAUGUUGAAGCACAAGCAGUUCAUCAAUCUAUUAUUGAAUUUUUUAAACUAAUUUUUUGAAUUCACUUAAAAUCUAUACCUAAAUUAACUUUUGACUUAAAACUAAAUAUAUUUUCAUUUUGAUAUUAAUACUUUAACUUUAUUUUAAAUGUAAAAUUUAAAGUCUUAACUUGAAUUAAACAAUAACAUUCCAAAAUGUAAAUAAAAAAUCAUUGCGAGCAUAGCUUAAAAUGUGAAGAUACUAAAAUUGUACUAAAAUUAAACUUUCAAAUUUUGCCGCCGCUAAAAAUUAUCGGCCAUCUUUUAAUAUAACAAAAAAAAAUGUACUAAAACUAAGAAAACAAGAAAGAAGAAAAUAAAAGAAGGAUCGGGGCAUUCAAGCACUGACCACCUUAACGAGAAGUUGAACUUCGUUUUGUUUUUUUGG